CCACAUAAGCACCAACACCUUACGGAAUCCCAACCUCUUCUUCCCUCUCUCUCUUUCUCUCAUAUAAUCAAACAUAAAGUCCCCAACCGGUAAUAAACAUUGAUCACGCACUUGCUCAACAUGGCUGCAACACGCAUAGCUUCCUCCUUAUUUUCUUCUUCAAUCAACGCUACUGUCAAAAAUUGCUUCGCUUCAAAAACCAUAAUAGACCCUCCUCUCAUAGCAAUAUCCUCAAAUCGCAAAUUAUCAUCGCUGACCCAAUGCUAUUACUUUGUGGAACCUUUGUCAUUAAUUGGUGUUACUAAGUUAUGGACGCCUAGAACUUCAGCAGCUGUUGUUGUUUCACAAGAAGAAAUUGCUUUAUCUGAUGAUACUGGCUUAGUUGAAGAGGAAAAAGAAAGGCAAGUGUUGGAAGAACAGCAACAAGAUGAUUCUGCUGAGUCCUCUGUUAACACUAAGCUUUACUUUGGAAAUUUGCCGUACAGUGUUGAUAGUGCACAACUUGCGGGGUUAAUUGAGAGUUAUGGAAGUGCAGAACUAAUUGAGGAAUUCUUGGGACGAACUUUACGGGUAAACUUCGCUGACAAACCAAAACCAAAAGAACCAUUGUACCCUGAAACUGAGCAUAAGCUAUUUGUUGGAAAUCUAUCAUGGUCAGUAACUUCUGAGAGCCUUACAGAAGCGUUUCAAGAAUAUGGAACCGUGGUUGGAGCUAGGGUCUUAUAUGAUGGCGAAACAGGAAGGUCACGCGGCUAUGGCUUCGUUUGCUAUUCGACAAAGGCAGAAAUGGAAGCUGCCCUUGCAUCUCUGAAUGAUGUGGAACUAGAGGGACGGGCAAUGCGUGUAAGCGUGGCGCAAGGUAAGCGUUCGCAAGGUUAAAGGCUAAAACUUGGAAAUGCUGUCAGUUGAAUGAGAAGGGGAACCUUGAAACUUACGAAGAGGAAUGCCUUUUUGUCUACGUAUCAUUUCUUCCCAUUUCCAAAAAUUCUACUGUGCAACAAUAUUUUGUGUAACAAAUGUUAACAUUGAUUUUGUGUUAUUUCUUUCUUGGCCGACUUACUAGAAGUCUACUAUUUAUUCAUUGAAUCACAUCAUCUAUUCGAUAAUAGAUGAACAAUGCCGGAAUUAUUCAGCAUCUUAAAAUAAUGUAACUUUAUUACUACAAUGAAUGAGCCACUUUCAAAA